GGGGCCUGCUGGCGGGAGUCGCUGGGCGGCGCUGAUUCGCCAGUCGCCAGCCGAACGCUUCCAGAAAUCGCCAUGCGGCCGGCCUGCUCCCUGUCUGCUCCCUGCCUCUCCCAUGAUGCCCCAUCACAGGGCGAUGCUCUUGUCGAUGCAGCAUCAGACGCCUGCACGCGCUGGCCGGGGUCGCACAGCCAACGGCGGCGCCGCACCGGAAAUUGCAGCAAUCAGCGCACCGCAUUCGCCCGGCACCCGCAGCCCUCCAGCCUCGAGCGAGUCCUGCGCUCACCGGCCGCGACCUCCCGCUUGCCCUCAACCCCCGAGCGUGGGAGCGCGCCAUCGCCGCGGAUUGCGCCCAGCUGCCUCGAGUCUCCCAUCCCUGCCCAUACGCCGAGAAAAAGCACGCCGAUGCCUCCUCCACCGGAAUCGCGAGUGGAGCCCGUCGCUGAAACCGCUGCAGCAUGCUAACGUGAACUUUGCGCAGCCUGCACGCUACAGCUGCCUCCACCGAGCCACCGGCGUGAAUAAUACGGACACGACACCGAGUCCUCCCAGCACAAACCCAACCCGUCUGACAGCGUGAUCAGGCUCCCGGCAAAGACUUGUGAGACGGGAAGCCGUCAUGGCAAAACGCGCGUUCACUUCGGUGCAGUGCCAGGACGCUUGUUGACAGCUUUUGCCCCUCGCCUGCCUCGCCUGCCGCCGCCCAAACCGUGCCCUCGCUGCCAUGAAGAUUUCCGAGUCGAGUUCGAUAUUGUG